CUCAACCACUCCAGCACAUCAACAAAAUUCCACCCCAUUCAACGCCGACGUUCAAAACCCCAUAGCCAUGCCACCCCCACACCAACCAAUCCACUUCAUCCCCAAAUCCCAAGAAAAACGCAUUCUCUCCCUCCCCAUCCAACAGAUCCUCGCCGCCCCGCACCACCAAGAAGCCGGCACAAACCACUGGUGCUUCUACCUAGCGACCUCCCCAACAACCUCCAUCCAACUCGACUGCCUCCCCAGCUACUCCGUCCCAAGCACCGUCCUCCCAGGCGGCUCCAAAGCCAACAUCGUCAUCUCCAGCCUCGACCGCCUCGUCUCCACUGAUGUCGAAGAAACCUUUGUUUUGGAUGUCGCGUCGGACAGACGACCCCUGUUUGUGCGGGAUGUUGUAGAUCUGCUUAUUGAGAACGGCCGCCAUAGAUAUGAGUUUGAUGAGAGGGGAGUGGGCUGUAGGUUUUGGGUUACGGAAAUGGUGGAGCUGUUUUUGAGGUGUGGGGUUGUUGGGGAUGGUGGCCAGGUGGAGGCGCUCAAGGCCGCCGUUCGGACGUUGUGGCCGGAGAAGGUGCCGUUGGAGCUUGAUCGGGGGGCUUAUUGGUCGGUGUAGUUAGUAUUGGGGAUGUCGUUUGACGGCCUUGUGUUGGCGUCUUUUUUCGAUUAAUCCGGGUAAUGGCUUUCGCCUGAUGCGUUACAUUGAGUUUAUGCAACGCUUCAGAAUGAAAAGAAGGGAGAAGGGCUUAGGGGCGGUGAAGGAGCUUUGCCUGAGGAUAAUCAAAGAUGUAUCGCUCCUCAAUUGUUGACUGCGUCUUGUACCGUCCAUAAGACCAGUCUUCUAAAGCUCGG